AUGCCGUCUUUGACUAAUAUCUUGCUUCACAGCAUUGCCUAUAUGGCAGACAAAUUCCCUGACAAGUGGAUGGAGAAGAUUCCCUACUAUCGCGAAAGAGAAGAAGAAAUCAAACAAGAGGAGCGUGAGGCUCGUCGUGCUCGCAAGGACAAGCGCAGACACUCUCACUCUCAAAAACGCUCGAGCAGCCACCGCAGAGCCCACCACUACGACGACGAUCAACAAUCUGACAGCUACGAUGAAGAAGACUAUGAUCGCCGCGAUCGCAGAAGACACCGUAGUCUUGAUGGACGUCGUCAGCAUGCUGAGGAUAGAUCCUCUUACCGCAGAUCCUACAACCCUGCCGACUAUGCUCCUGUCGACAGAUACGGCUUUGCUGUCCAGGCUCCUGGCAUCUCUCGUCCUGUCGUGGUCAGUCAAUAUACUUUACAGCUCGAGGUAUUAUGCUAA